AUGCAAGGCAUAUCUGUGUGCGGCUCGGGCGUCUCGCCCCAGGGAACAAACUGCAGAUCAGCUUGUGUUGCUAGGAAUGGUCUGAGGUUCUGUUACAAAAUAAAUCCAGUAAGCCGUGGGGCAUACGCGUGGCGCUGGUGUGCGGAAAAGCUGCACAUGGGGACCAACCGUGGAAAAAUAAACACCACAGUAAGGACUAACGCCAGAUGGUUCUUUGGAGGAGAUGCUCGUAACAGUAACAGUAACGAUAAUGCGGCCGCGAGGCUGGAGCGCAGUGAGUCUGCUAACGAAGACAUCUUGAUCUUCUACUUUCAGCUGGAUGUACAGACUCGGAUACAAUAUGCAUUGAAUAUAGAACAAUUUGAUGCAGCAAAGCAAUUGAGGGAAAAGCUCGCUGAGAUCGAAACAGAGGUAACUAGGCAGCGUGAAGCUAAAAGAGGUUCAUCGAAGAAUGAAGCUCAGGAUAAAUCUUUAAAUCUACUACGUGCGCGUGCAGAUUUGCAGAAUGCUAUUGAGAGCGAGAACUAUGCUUUGGCAGCUGAGCUGCGUGACACAAUCUCUAAGCUUGAGGGUGAUUCUCUGGCACUUUCUGCUAAAGCCCUGGCUUACCAAAGUGUGAAAUAUGAGUUUCGACUAGGGCAGAAAGUACGCCACAAAGUACAUGGAUAUAGAGCUGUGAUAUGUGGCAUGGAUCCUGUGUGCUGUGAAUCCAAGUCAUGGAUGGAGACGGCAAAUGUGGAGAAGUUAUCUAAAGGACCAAAUCAACCUUUUUAUCAAGUGCUGGUUGAUGUAUAUGCUGAUCCAGAACUUCUUGUUGCAUAUGUCGCAGAAGAAAAUCUUUCAGAAGCUGAAGAAUCAGAGAAAGGAAGGUUUGAGCACCCCUACACUGAAUUCCUAUUUUAUGGCGAGGACACAACUCGGGACUUCAUUCCUGUGAAGCAACUCCGUGAGAAGUAUGACCAGCCACGCUAUGAAGCUUCUGGAGAUGAAAAUGACGACGAUGGCACUACAAAUAGCUAA